AUGAAUUGGCUAUUGAUUUUAUACUUCCUUGUGACUGCAAUUGCAUUGCCCUUUGAAGAUGUUAUCCCCUUUGACCAAGAUGGACCUACAAAAGAGGAAGGGGCUUCGGUAGCAAGGACAUUGGUUAAUAGAGAAUCACUUGCUAGUGUUAGUACCAUCAAAACAUGGAAGCUGAAAGAUGGCGAAACAAAACAAUUGCCCGUUGUCAAUAUGGAAUACUACGCAGAUUGCGAUGAAGAUGGUGAUCCAUAUUGGUUAGUUAUAGAUGUUGGAGGUGCUAAUCAAAAUAUUAUCAAGGGACUGCCUUUCAGUUUUGCAAUUAGAGACGGGGAUCAUCCAGAUUGGGAAAAAGUUCCAUCAAAUUACCCCGGAAAACGUGAAGGAUCUAACGCGGGCUCGCCAAGAGUUCAAUUAACAGGUAGAUUGGAGUAUGUAAACUUUUUCAACCCAUUGGAUCCUCGUAGAUUAAAUUUGGAAAGAUGUUUUGUCAAGAGACACCCAGAUUCAACAUUGUGGCUUCCUGGAUCCAUCGUCUCCCCACACAAGUCUCAUUGGGUGAAGCUUAAAGUUGAAGGUGUGUACAUCAUCGGUGGAUUUGGUGACACAGCAUAUAUUGGUGACAUUGAACCGGAAUUGUACCAUGCUGCAGAGAUCAUACCACCUUCAGACGGUGAUGAAGGAAGGGGAGAGUAA